AUGCCUAAAACACGUAAAGAAUUAUUUUGUGAAGUUUUUGGUUUACCUACUGAUUUGCUAGGAAAUGUCCUUCCUACAAACUCUGACGUAAUGAAGUGUUAUUUGUGGAAUAGGAAUUUGCUAAAAGAAAGUGCCAAUGGAAAAGAUCCUAGCGUAAAUAACAUUUCGCGACUUAUUUUAACCGAAUUAAAACAGAUCUGGCAAAAAGCAUCAAUUCCAAUCAUUUCAGAUCAAAGAAUUUUAAGCUUGAUAGCAAAUCUGAAUCAAAAAUAUAAAUCAAUAAAAAAGAACAUGAGAAAGUCGCAAGAAAAAACGCUCGCGUUUAGAGAAGUCAGUGAGAAAACUUUGUUUGACAUAUCUGCAUGCAAGUGUGGUGAAGAUUUUGAUAAUUGUUUUUGUAAAAACAAAGUGCCUAAAAGAGAAAGAGAUUUUUUAACCGACCAAAGAACAGUGCGUAAGAUGAUAAUUGGCAAUACAGAUAAAAAAAUUAGUCAAAGUCUACAGAAAAGUCUGGCGAGAAAAGCCAAAGAAGAAGCCAGAUUGUCGAAGAUUGAAGGUCCUUGUGCAAAAAAACAGAAAUGUGACAACCUGGCUUUCGAUGAAGUUGAAGAAAUAAAACAAAUCAAUUUUCCACCUGACUCUUCAGAAGAGUAUAAACCAUCCACACCAAGCCAGCUUAGAAGACCUUCUCCAUCAAAUUUUAGAAAAAGUGUUAAAUUGCCUAACUUAGCCCAAGCGUGUGAUCGAUCGGCUUCACUGCUAGUCAACGCUGUUCUCCAAGAUUUGCAAAUAAUAACAAAAACAAAUUCAUCUCAAAUAGUGGAUAGAACUGUUCGUGGACUUUAUUUCAACGGGAGAAAAGAUAAAACAAUUCAACAAGAUAAAAAAGGCACAAAAUAUUACAGAAGCACUGUAACAGAAGAGCAUGUUGUCUUACUUUCCGAACCUGGUUCACUUUUCUUAGGUCAUGUGUCACCAAUGUCAGGAAGUGCUAAAAAUAUAACACUAAGUAUAAAAACAUUUUUAAAAGAUGCUGAUUCAAAUAUUAAUGAGUUGAAAGCUAUUGGGUGCGAUGGCACGGUUAUAAAUACAGGGUUAACUAAUGGUGUUAUAAGGCAACUAGAAUUGUUCAUAGGUCGUCCAUUACAAUGGCACAUUUGCUUGCUGCACACCAAUGAAUUGCCUCUUCGCCAUUUAAUUCAAUUCCUAGAUGGAAAAACAAGCAAUCCAAGAUGCUUCUCUGGUGAAAUUGGAAAAAUGUUGGAAAACUGUGAAAAACUUUCUAUUGCUGCUUUUGAACCUAUUGAAACUGAAUUACCCUCAAUUCAUCAAAAUGAUUUGAGCACCGACCAAACUUACCUUUUUGAUAUAUCUUUAGAACAGAUGAUAAUGGAUAUUCCUAAUAACAUUGAAUUUUUGAAGUUGCCUUGCCAUACUCAGGCAGUAGAAAGAAUGAUAAAAUUAGUUACAGAAGCGUCACUUUCAGUUUGUGGAGAAAAAGCAAGAGAUGGCUUUAUUCGUACUAAACUUGCAUCUCAAAAUGAUAUACCAAAAUUUGAAACUAAAAAACACUUCAUUAUUUAA